AACCUCCGUUUUUGCACACACCAUGCAGCACCAGCAUGAUCCAAAGCGGAAUUCGAGACGUCCCGCGUCUGACUACGCGGUACGUUCCUUAUCCUUCGCCGAAUCGCUGCAACUUCACAAUCCGGGAUGCAGUCGUCAGAUAUCGAUGACUUGACGAAUGAACAACUUUUUCAGCUUAAUCAGACAGCGCCACGGCUCAGCCAGCAGUCCAAUGCUAUCGGGGCCGAGUUAAUCCGCCGUCUUACUCCUGGAACCGUCAGCAAGGCCGCUCAAGACAAAGAAGCCGUAGGGACUCCCUCCGAGGUUCUGACCCUCGAGCUCGUCUUCCAGCACACCGCCAUCCCGGUUCCACGUGUUCGGCGUGUCAUCCAAGGCAGAAGCUCGCAGUUCAUCGUCAUGGACUACAUUCCGGGACGUCAGCUAUCGCACGUCUGGCCAGAGAUGCCGUUGUGGAAGAAACUCCGCGUAGUUUUCACAUUACAUGACUACGUCCGCCAACUGCGCACCAUCCGACGCCCGCGGUCGACCAUACCAGGCCCGGUCGCACCGCUCGGUCAUCCCGCACGCAAAUGCAGCUCGCCGCUGUUUGACACGAAGUACGAUUGGAGGGGGCCGUUCGCGUCUCUUGACGAGCUCGCAGCGUUCUUCAACGAUCGCUACCGCAUCGCGCUCGUCGCCCAGCGCGUCGGCCCAGCGCAAGCCAAAGCGCGCGUGCGCGCGGACCCGUUCGACGACCGGGGGCCACUCGUGCUCACCCAUCAAGACAUCAACAUGCGCAAUAUCAUCGUCGGGGAGGAUGGGAGGCUGUGGCUCAUUGACUGGGCGUGGGCGGGUUUUUACCCGCGCUGGUUCGAGUACGUGGCGAUGAGGAUACAGUCUAGCCACGAGGAGACGGUGGUGGACAGGAAGGAGCCGUUGUGGGAUUUACUGGUCCCGUUCAUUUGCGGACCAUAUUAUCGGCAAGACAAGUGGUUCCGCGGUAUGGUAAAUGGUAUGUGGUAUCGUUGAGCAGUUGAUCAGUAGCGACAGUACGCAUAUCUCAUCAAAAUGGCAGUAUACGGGGUUGGCGCUUAUCUUUUCGAGUGCAUUUUCGGUGAACCAGAAGUAAGCCGGGGUUGUGGAUUCAGUGGUGCUGUAACAC